CCUCAAAGAAACGGCUUUUAAGUCUUUUUUUUUUGCUAAACUUGUCAUAAAUCAUUGUUUAAUUUUUAUUUGACAUAUAGGCGUCAUCCAACAAUUAGUCACACAUCGUUUAAUUAACAGCUUCAUCUUCAUUAAUUGCUGGCAUAAUUAAUACGCUUUUAAUGAUAUUCUCCAGCACAAAGAAAGUCAACUUGUCACACCACUUAACGUAAUCUAUCAAUUAAUCCUCGGAGAUGGAGCGUGUAAUGAGACUUUCUGAUGCAUGCUGUUUAUUUGGACGCCUUAAUGCUAGCUACGUGAAAUAAUUUCAAAUUUGAUUAUAUCAAAUAUUUUUUAUGACUUUUGGCAACCACGUCUUCAUCAGGCAGUCAUCCAGAAAAAACCGACGCAUCGAUUACAUUCGGCAGUGGUUAAAGACGCGAAACGAGCUUGAUUAUUUAUUAAUUUCUUUGCAAACGACAACAUGACCAUGACACUAAGUCAAAUUGAACAUAUUGGACCAAUGAGAGGACUUCCGUCACGUUUUAAACCUGACAAGUCAGUCAUCCUUGGUGGUGAUAAUAUUCAAGACAGUCCAGGAGAAUUAGUUAAAACAGAUUCACCAAACUUUGUAUGUAGCGUAUUGCCAGCACACUGGAGAUGCAACAAAACAUUACCUGUUGCCUUUAAAGUCGUGUGUCUAAGUGGAGACAUACCUGAUGGAGUGACCGUUUCUAUAUCAGCUGGGAAUGAUGACAACUUUUCAGCAGAACUACGGAAUGCUACAGCCAUUAUGAAAAAUCAAGUGGCGAGGUUCAAUGAUUUAAGAUUUGUGGGCAGAUCUGGUAGAGGCAAGACCUUCACGAUUACAAUCACAGUAAACACCGACCCGCCUCAGGUGGCGACAUAUAUGAGAGCUAUUAAAGUUACGGUAGACGGCCCAAGAGAACCUAGACGCCAUAGGAGGCAAGAAGAGAGAGACGGAGGUUUUGUUGAUCAUUAUGGCUUUCCAACUAGAAUAGGAGAUAUUGGUAUGGAUCACUUUCGGCAACCCGGCAUGCCAUUUUCAGAUAUUCAUCAGUCAUCGAUGCAAUCGAAUAAUUUUUCUCAUCUUCCUCCAGAUAUUGGCAUGCGUUCACCAACCUCGUGGUCCCAUUAUAGUUUCCCUGGUAGCAUGUACGGUCAUAACUUAUCACCAACCAGUACUGACUCCUACGGAGGAAGUAUGAUACACAACAAUAACAACUCUUAUAACCAACAACCGCUUCCUUUAAGUUUAAAGUCAGGUCAUGGUAACGAUCUGUCCUUACAGGGGAAUUAUAGUGACCCUCGAAUGUUUGGUACUUCUCAGUUAACACACAAUAGAAAUUCUCCGACAAAUUCAAACGGUGCGAACACUCCCCCACAGAGUUUAAGUUCAGUGUAUCAUACGGAUUCGAUGAAUAAUUCUAACGGCCUACCUGGAUCUCACGCGUAUCCAAGUUCAAACGUCCAUGGAGGAAACCCGAAUCCAGCUCAUAGUUUUUUAGGUACAAAUAGUGUGACUAUAAAUAACAAUUACUUAAUGAAUGUCUCUCCGCCGGGAAGCUUAAAUCUUCCAUUUAAGUCUUAUAAUAAUAAUCAAAAUGGUCUUCCCCGAACAGUGGAAGAAGAUGUGAAUAACAAUCAAAUGGGACAUUAUUAUCGUCCGCCACCCACACUGUAUGAAGCACCCAGUUACGGUAACCAAAGUUAUUUGAAGCACGGGUACGAAUCACAUAUUACGGACCAAAAUGGCAACGUUAAUGGCCAUCAUGGUGACGAAAUUGAUGAUAGCUCAACUCCUAAAGUGUGGAGGCCAUACUAAUUCUUGUGUAUAUAAAAAAAUAUUUCUUUUUUUAGUUCUUUUCUUUUUAUAUAAAUAUAAAAGUAAAGCAAAUAGGACUUCGUUUUGAAAAGUAAACAACGCCUUAGGUGAUGUCAAAUUUAAAAUGGCGUUAAUUUUAUGUUAUUUCUUUUAAAUCGUUUUUUCUAUAUUAAUUUUAAUGCAGAAGACAUAAAUAUCACUUACUAUUUAUUAUAUAUUAUUUGUUAUUUGUUUGUUUCUCUUAGUUAUUUGUUUGUUUUAUGAGUGUAGUGCAGUGAGAGAGUCUCCUUUAAAGGAGAGGAGAGAAAAGUCACAUUAAAAAUUUUGUUGAGAGAUUUUUUAUUUACGUUAUAAAGUCAGUGUUGACGGAAAGUAACAAAAUGUAUAUAUUUGGACAUAUUUUAUGAAUUUAAGGAAUACAAUUCUCUUAUGGAA